AUGGCUGUCGCGCAGUCCGCGUUCGGGAACGGGACCGAGGAUUCAGCGGUGCUUUCAUCCACGCCUGACACGGCUGCAGCACCGUAUGGACUGGCCGAUGGCAUGGCCCAGCUUUCUCGCGUCCUGCACCGUCCAUGGCUCAGCGGUGUGUAUAUGGAGGUGACUCCUGGCAUGGCCCGCACCCAACGCGCGCGCCGUCAGCUCGACUACCUCGAGGAGCGGCUCCUGCGCGACUGCCGCACCCCGACCACGGUGCGCUACUUUGUGUAUCUGAACACGUACGUGUUCGCCCCGUGGUACUACGCGCCGUUUGGCUUGCUGAACAGCGAGUAUGACCCGAUGCUGCCGUGGACAGGGGCGGCUGACGCGUCGACGGGCGCGAUCCCAGCUGGCGAAGGUGCCGAUGCCACCGGCUCGUCGGUCGGCGUGCAGCAGCAGCAGCAGCCUUUCAUCCGGGACGCUUUUCUGUGCCCCUUCUCCCUCCGCAUUUACUCGACCUACGCCCAGAUGCACUACGAGACCCGCACCUAUCGCGCGGGCCGCCUGCGUCCGCCGGGCGAGGAAGUGUACCGCGACGAGGUGCGUGGCCUUUCCCUCUUCAAGAUCAACGGUAGUCAGCACGUCACCUACUGCCGCCACCUCUUCCUCAUUGGCAAAUCGUUUCUGGAGAACAAGCUCGCCGGGCACGACGUGCACAACUACUACUUCUACGUAGUGUGCCUGCACCACCGCUACUUCCCUGACUACGUGUCAGACCCCUCCGCCAUGUACUUCGCCGGCUUCUUCACCUGGGAGAAACAUGUGAGCGAGUACAACCUGGCGUGCAUCGCGACGCUGCCGUGCUUUGGGCGCCGCUCCAGCCGCCAGAGACCGGUGGCAUCGCCGGCGGGCUCCACUGCGGCCGCCUCGCGCCCGCCAAGGGUGCUUCGCCAUCUUGGCCAGUUCAUGAUUGCCGCCAGCUACGAGCUCGCCUACCGCCGCAAGCAGACGGGCACCCCGGAGAAGCCCCUCUCCGACUUGGGUGCCGUCGCGUAUCAGCACUUUUGGCGCUGCGCCAUUGUGCGCUGGAUGAAGGACACGUUGAACGCGAUGCGGCGGGCCGCUGCGGUUUGCGUCGACGAUGACGAUGUGGACAAGACCGACCAGAAAGGUGCGCAAGCCGGCGGGCCGGUUGCGCCGCGAUUGAGCCGCGCAUCAGGCAAGGGCGCGUCUCUCGCCCUUGACGUGGACUCUGCGGCCGCGGAGGUGGUGAUGCUUGCGACGGAGGACAGGAUGGUGUCAGGAGAGCACGAUGCCGAUAGCCGCCGCUCCGGCGAAGGGAAAGCGACACUGCACGAGCAGCGCUCGAAAGCGCCCCCAUCAGCGCGCAAACGUUCCCGUGCCGACGCCAAGACGGAAUACGAGAGGGACGUGGACGGCGACGAGGAGGCACGACUGCCCUCUUCCCACGGCAAGUUGCCACUCGCGGCUACCGCCCCUCUGUCUUCGACCAAGAGGGAAGUGUUAGGCGUCAGCGCAGCUGCACCGUCCCCGGCUGGUACCUCAUCGGCUGCUGGCGCGGCUGCUUUUACGCAGCGGACCACCAUCAACGACAUUGCGGCGGCUGUGCGCCUGGAGGAAGCUGACGUGCUCAGGACGCUGCUGGGCAUGGGUGUGCUGCAUCGCAGCAGUGAGGACCGUGGUAUUCAGCUUCUGCUGCCGCAGCGGUACGUGGAUUGGAUGUACGACGAGAUGCUCCGCUGGGAGAGCAGCGUCGAGCACGCCGUUUUUCAGUCAGCCCUCCUCAAGUCCCGCGGCUCCCACACCAGCACACGCUGA